UAGCCACGUUUAGGCCUAGGCCAUCCUCCAGGACCAGGAAUAACCGGCAGGCCGGUCUCCAAUAUUAGAAGAUCAAAGCAACCAUUAUUAGGCUACAAAUCUCUGUGUGAAAAUCUAACUUUGGUACAAAAUUCAAACUUGCUGAACAAAACUUCUUUACCGUGUGAACUGCAGAGUAAGAGCACUGGCACACUAUUUGUGUUAAACUGAUACAGUGUAGCUGACAGCGGAAAUGAGACAAGUGGAUGAGAUUAUCCCAGUCACCGCUAGUUUCUACUGGCAACACUUAAAAGUCGCCGUCAACACAUCGAACAUGGCGGACGGGGAUUCUUGGGAUACUGAGAGCUUUGAGCCAGAUCAGCCGCUAAAAAAUGCGGCAGUGCAUGAUAAAUGGGAAGGCGAGGAUGAGGAGGAGGACAUUAAGGAUAAUUGGGAUGACGAAGAAGAGGAGGAAGAAAAGUCUGCUGAGAAACCAACAGAGGUCAAGUCUUCUGAGAAGAAGAAACUAAAUGAGAAAAUUAAAGAGAAGGAAAAUUUGCAAAGACAAAAGCAGGAGGAGCUUCGGAAGAGGAUAGAGGAGCCGGAGGAGCAGGCGCAGCUUACGGAGCUCACGCAGGUCAUGGAGCUCACGCCAGAGGAUGAUCUCGCAGAAACUCUACACGUGAAGAAGCUUCAGGAGGACACUGAUCUGGAGCUGGCUAGCGAUGCAUUCGGCGUCGUUAGUAACCAUGUGACGGGCAUUGACGCUAUCAGUCCCGCCUCCAGAGAAGACUUCACAGAGUUUGAGAAGCUGCUGAAAGACAAGAUCUCACCCUACGAGAAGUCCGUACAUUAUAGCAACUUCGUAGAGUCCCUGUUCAAGAACCUGUGCAUCUCAAUGGAAGUGGAGGACCUGAAGAAGAUCAACAACUCAAUGACUGCGCUGCUCAGUGAGAAACAGAAGCAAGAGAAGCAGAAUAAAGGCAAGAAGAAGAAAAGGGGAGUGGUCCCAGGAGGAGGCCUAAAGGCCAUCAUGAAGGACGACCUGGACGAUUACGGCGGGUUUGACGGUGGCUACACACAAGACUACGAGGAUUUCAUGUGACGCUGGCUCCAUGACCCCCUCGCCCUCCGCUGCCCUUUGACCCUGUGACCUCUACAUGACCUGCGCCCCAGCCCACGAAUCUCAGCCUGAGCAAGCAAACAUCUGUCCAACCAUGUGGCGCUGGCAAACAUCUCUCCACCCAUGCGGCGCUGGUUAACAUCUCUCCACCCGUGGGGCGCGGGUAAAUAUCUCCACCCACCCAUGCGG